AUGGGAAGUUCAUCGACAAGCCGGAGCCUGGACGCCUUCUCGGAUACCAUCGAUCUCAACCGCCGUCCGAUCCAGGAGUGGGACGGUGCGGCCAAGGAUUCAUACGGAUGGAAAGGAUUGCAUAGGGACCCCGUCCUGUGGACUCGUCACGGAAACUGUCUGGUCUACCUCCACGCCAAGGGCCGGUCAAGGCAGGGCCCUUCGUUCAGGAUUCCCUUCCAGAGCCUGCUCGACAAGAAUUGUGCCCCCCUGAUUAGGCGCUUCCUCGUCGUAGAUGGCGCCACCACGGCUGCCGCGCAGCUCGGGGCCGACCCCCAGCCUACCGCGGAGCUAUACAUCCCGUCGCCGCCGGGGCUCAGCAGCCGGCAGGCCUUCACCUACCACGUCGCCACGCGCAACUUCUUCGCCUGGCUGCAGGGUCGCCCGGUGGUGGGGGAGCACCUCGGGCCCGCCCUCGUCGGUCUCUUCCACGCCAUGCGUGAGUUCCGGGGCGGUGUCGGUGUCGACAACGCCGCCGACCUGAUGGCCUACAUGGACGAGGAGGGCUACCUCGACGUGGCGCACCGGCCGACGUACGCCGUGGCCAUGCUCCACGUUGCCGAGGCGUUCCGCCUACGGGACCUCUACAUCCGCGCCUUCGCACACUGCGUCGGCAUGAGCGACGUACUGGGCUCGUGCCCGGAGUAUGCCACCCUGAGCCGGGCGACCCGGAAGCUCAUCGGCUCGUCCCGCUCGGACCUGCAGUCCCGCGUGAGCGCGGCGUACGGCAUGCUGGACGACUUCCUCGACGACGCCAUGUCCGAGUCGAGACUGGGCAUCCCCCCCGCGGCGCGCGCGCACCUCCAGCAGUUCCGCCGCUUCAUCGAGGCGCACUACGCGAGCCGGCUGGGACGGCACCCGGCCUCGCACCUGGACCCGCAGCUGUGCCGCCUCAUGUGCCGCGACUUCGAGUGCCUGUACCGGCUGCUGGUCGACCAGUCGUACUCGACGUCGCAGGGGAUGCCGUGGGUGGCCAGCAACGGCAUCUGCAUGCUGCAGCUCGUCGACAUGUUCGACCGGGAGCACCAGCUCGAGCCGCUCGAGCACCCGCUGCCCCACAUGCCCACGUACACGGAGGGGGAGGGGGACGGUAAGGCGACACCCCGGUACGUGAUGCGCUGGCUGGGCGACGACGGCAGGAAGCGCAAGCCCAACCGGCGCCUCCUCGCGCAUGCGGCCCUCAUCAAGGCCUCCAACUGGAAGGACAGGGCCAUCUCCGACAACGAGCUCGUCAAGGCCUACCGCAUGUUCGAGGAGGAGUCUGUCCUGUCCUCGACGGUGAGCAGGACGGCCAGGAAGGAUCAGCAGGUCUCCGUCUCGGAUGCCCGCAAGGUGCGCUGGAUCCUCAUCUACGCCAUCUACCAGGUCCUGCGCAGCAUCACCGUCACUCCGCCCGAAGCGUUCGAUGCGGCCCGGACAGAAUACCACAUGGCCGUCUCGACCGAGAAUCUGCCCCCCUGGGACGAGACCGAGAAGAUGAUGGCGGAACCCCCGGAGCGAGACUGCGUCGACCAGACCGGCGCUGGCGGCGGCGGUCCCGCCCCCGCCCCGUCUGUCUACUGGGCCGACGGCGCGGCAGGCGAUAGUAACCCCGAUGGCCUGCUGAGCCCCACAUCCGUGGCAGCCCCCAAGCGACAGGGAUCGGUCUCGCGCGCGCUGAGGCGAAACUCGACCGUGCGGCGAUCGAUCCGACUCUUCCGCCCCAGCUCGAUGCUGCUGCAGUCGAACGGCACCGACCUGUCGCACUCCAACUCGUCCUCUUCGACCGGCUCGCGCAGCAACGGUCACGGCGAGAUCCUGAUGGGAGGAUACGGCAACGGCCUCAAUCACGUCAGGCCGGGCUCCAAGCACGGCCAGACCACGCCGGUCAAGAAGGCAGCAGCACGCAACAACUCGACCGGCUCCUGCGUCAGCAUGCCCUCUCCCGGCAGCACCCAGAGCGACGACACCCUCGAAUCGAGCAUCUGCUCGCUCACCAUGACAGGCGACGACGAAGACGAAGACGACGACGACGACGACGACGACGACGACGACGACAUCAUCACGACUGAAAUCUACACCCUCCCACCACCUCCCCGGACUGAGACCGCCAGCAAGCCUAGCUGGAACCAGCGCCGCUCGGUCCUGCCGACGCCCACCCGCCGCGCGUCAAUGGCCGUCAGCGCCAGCGCCCUCCGCAGGCCGGGGCGGCAGGGUCUGGAGGACGACUGGAUGGCCAUGCAGGCCUUCAUGGACGGUCAGUGCAGUCCCCACGUCGACGGGACGUUUGACUGCGACGAUGGCGACGUCAAACCUGCUUGGGAGCAGUACAAUGACCUCGGUGGCCUGACUGAGACCAGGUGCUGA